GCAUAAACAGAGAUUUUGAUCAGUGCGUUAAAAGUUUCGGUGGAGUCCGCGCGCACUGAGACUCUCCACAGCAAGCCGACCUGUUGAGUCCGCGCGCGCGCCGUCACGGAGCAGACAAACGCGUACAAAGCCGCUGGAGCAGGACUCGUACAACACUGGACUUAUUUAUUACUAAUUACCAUUCGCUAUCAGAGGGCGCUCUUUGCAUUUUUUUGUGCAUGCGUGUGUAAGUCCCAUGUGACAUUUUAUUAGUUGUUAAUUUAUUUAUAGAAGCGCUCAGUCUUUCACAGCGAGGAACGGACAUUGUUGUUGCUGUUUUUUUUUUAUUAUAUUUUGAACCAAAUGAUACAAAAGACAAAAACAAAUUGGACGGCAAGGUAAUUUUUUUUUUUUUUUUUACCUCAGUUGCAGGUGAUCCUCGGAAGUUACUUGUGAAGAGACGUCUGGAUUAAUCUGAGACGGAAUUUGGGACUUUCAUAAAUAUUACGACUUGUCUUUUCGUCUUGUGUGUGUUCUUUCCACCCGCGUGUAUAUGAACGUUUGUUAAAGAAAAGCACAAAAACAACAACAACAACAACGAAGCGAUGGAAGUGAGCGCGGAGCAGAGCCGCUGGAUAGGCCACCACCCUCACCAUCACCCUCACCCGGUGCUUAACGGGCAGCACGCGGAGCCGCACCACCCCGGACUCGGCCACUCGUACAUGGAGCCGCAGUAUCCGCUUGAAGACAUGGACGUGCUCUUCAACAUUGACGGACAGAGCGGCCACCCGUACUACGGGAACCGGGCCGUGCAGAGGUACCCGCCGCCACACGGUAGUCAAGUGUGUCGCCCAUCAUUGCUGCACGGCUCUCUGCCCUGGCUGGAGAGCAGUAAAGGGAUCGGAGCACAUCAUGGUGCCUCACCCUGGAACCUGGGCCCCCCUUUUCCCAAAGCCCCGCUGCACCAUGGCUCCCCAGGGCCUCUGUCUGUCUACCCUCCUCCACCCUCGUCCUCCUCCUCUUCUUCCUCUUCAUCUUCUUCACUGUCAGCCGGCCAUGCCAGCCCUCACCUCUUCACGUUUCCACCCACUCCACCAAAAGACGUGUCCCCAGACCCAACUGUGUCCACGCAGUCUUCUGGGUCUUCACUGCGGCCCGAGGACAAAGAGUGCAUCAAGUACCAGCUGCCUGAGGGCAUGAAGCUGGACGCAGCCCACAGUCGUGGCAUGGCCUUAGGAGCAGGCACAGUGGCAUCGUCAUCCUCUGCUGCGCAUCACCCCAUCGCCACUUACCCUCCCUAUGUGUCCGAUUACGGGCCGGGGCUCUUCCCACCCAGCAGCCUGCUAGGUGGGUCCUCCUCUAGUUAUGGUUCCAAAACGAGACCAAAAACAAGGUCCUGUUCAGAGGGCCGGGAAUGCGUGAACUGCGGGGCCACUUCUACCCCUCUUUGGCGGCGGGACGGAACCGGUCACUACUUGUGUAACGCGUGCGGACUGUACCACAAGAUGAACGGGCAGAAUCGACCCCUUAUCAAGCCGAAGCGGAGACUGUCUGCCGCACGGCGAGCGGGAACCUCCUGUGCAAACUGUCAAACGACCACGACGACGCUGUGGAGGAGAAACGCCAACGGUGACCCGGUGUGCAACGCCUGCGGCCUCUACUAUAAACUGCACAAUAUCAACCGACCACUCACUAUGAAGAAGGAAGGCAUCCAGACCCGCAACAGGAAGAUGUCCAGCAAGUCCAAGAAGAGCAAAAAGUCUCAGGACAGCAUGGACGACUUCUCCAAGAGCCUGAUGGAGAAGAGCAGUUUCAGCCCGGCCGCCCUCUCACGUCACAUGACCUCGUUCCCGCCCUUCUCGCACUCGGGCCACAUGCUGACCACGCCCACGCCCAUGCACCCCUCCUCCAGCUUGCCCUUUGCCCCCCAUCACCCCUCCAGUAUGGUAACCGCUAUGGGUUAGGCUACCUCCAACCCUGACCGUGACCUCAGCCUCAACCACGACUCCUCAACCUUUGACCCUCAUCCCUUACACCUGCUCUCUCCCGGCCCACAGACGACCGCUGUGAGCCUUGUAAAACUUUUCUACGCCUUUACUUCUCACCACCACGACAGAGAAAGUGACAGAGCGAGAGGCUUUCUUCAUCCUUGGUUCCCGAAGCCCGGAGAGCGUGCUUACAUCGUUAACCUUAUAAUGUCACCAUCAUUAUUCGUGUACAGGUCCCCUCUGUCAUCUAAAAGUGAAGCGGAACGGUUUGAACUGUGUUCUCCUUCUAUCUAUCUCUCCAUCCUUCUGUCCAUAUCCCUCCAUCUCAUGUCAGUCGUCAUCCUUCCCUUUUGGUUUUUCUCAGUGAGAGAUGAGAACUCGUGAUCUGUAAAAAAUCCAAAAAAAAAGAAAAAAAAACACA